GCUAGGCUGGUUUCAUCAUUAAGAUACUGCGCUUUAUUACGGUGGAACCAAGGGAUCAUCAGAAUGACUGGAUCGAGCGAGGAAGAUGAUAUGCCACCCACUGUCUCUUCAACAAAACGUCGGAGCAAUAAACGUCCCCAUAAGCUUAUUUCGUCUGAAUCAGAUGAAGACGAAGGAAAGGCGAGGACUUCCAGGAAAGUUGCCCACAGUUUAGACAACCGGGAGACUAAUGAAGAUUCAGACGGUGGAAGUGAGAAGUGCAAAUCAACUCUCAACUCUCAAACUCCUCGCUCUUCAGAAAGGCUGCGAAGGAAAGCUUCCAGAUCGUUUUCUAUGCCAAGUAGGGAAGAGUUGCUCGAUUCAGUGUCUUCAGGGAAAAAACAAAACAGUCAACAAAAAGUGAAGGCCUUGAAGCCAAGGAAACUUGUGAACAACUUUUUAAGAGAGUGAGUGCUCUUGAUUGAAACUGGUACAUGUGUUAACAGCGCGGAACAACUUCAGAAUACCCGACCACUUAUUUGCAUCUCUUUGAAUGUCAAAAGUACCUAUCGUGUUAUGUCUCUGUACUCUGAGAAGUAGCUGGCUGUUGUGAAGAGUUUUUCCUCCAAUAAUAAAUUUUACAUGCACACAAUCAUGUGCACUGCAUACAAAUAUAAAAAUGGACAUCCCAUUAAUUUUAUAAUACCCACCCCCUUUUCCCCUGGAGGGAAGUAUGUUAGGGUUAGGGUUAGGGUUGCAGCAAGUCUUGCCAUUUGCAGGGCAAAUCUCAGAGCAGUGCCUUUGUCCUCAGUUAUUUUGCCAGGGCCCAGUUCCUAAAGGCCAAUAAGUGCUAAUCUUAAAUUAGAAUUUUGUUCUGUUUUUUUUUUACCUUCCUAUGUAUUGGUUAGAGUAAAAUUUUGUGUUAUCAUUACUGUAUCUCGGAGUAAAGGCUCAACGGUACUUUGUAAGCUCGUGUUGCAUGUUCUUAGACAAGAAAUCUCAUUUUGUUCUGUAUAUUUAGGCGCACUUCAUAUGUCAGUCGUGGAGAGAGAUAUGAUUCAGAUGAUAGUGGUUUGUCAGACUUCAUCAAUGAUGAUGAUGAUGAUGAUGAUGAUGAUGCCGAGUCUUCAGAGUCUACUGUAGAAAGUGAUGUUAGUGUGGAAAGCAAUAAGAAGGAUUCUGGGAUCUGUAGUGCAAGAAAAACAAAGAAAGGACAAAGACAGAAAUCAGCAUUGGAUAGUUCAGAAAAGGAAAGCAGUCUUUCAGAGGACGAUGAUGUUCCAUUGUCAGUUUUAAAAAACAAAAGAACAUGUAGUCAGGAAUUGACCGCUAAGACUUCUAGCCUUAUAUCUAGUGAUUCAGAUGAGAGCUUUGUACCUAGAAACAAAACAAAUAUAAAACGAAAGGUUUUGAAUUGCAGUGACUCAAGUGAAGAUGAUCAUCAGACAACAGGACAACACAACUUGGACUUAUAUGGUGUGAAAAAAGACAAUAAUGGUGAAAGGUCUGACAGUGAUGAUUCACUGAGUGCUAAAGAUUCUAAACCAUGGAAGCAAUGUGUACCUUUGAGGCCAAGAUCUAAGAGAGUACAAAACCUCACACAACAACAUGAGGCCAAGAAUCGCAAGAUUUUGGGCAGUUUGUUGAAAAAGAGACAGACAGCAAAAUUGGAUGCUAAGGAUAGACUUGCCGUAAAGCAGAUGUCUAGCAAUAGCAAUGACAGCAGUUUGUCUAGUUCUGAAGAUGAUCAUGAUCCUUGCAAGGAAGCAACAGAGAUCUUUCUGCAACAUAGCAGCGAGCUUGAAGAGGAUGAUGAUGACAGGGACUUUAUUGUUAAUGUUGGACAAUCUUCUGAUGAGGGGAUGAAUUCUGAUGGUGUGUCACAGUUUCUUCAGCUUUUAGAUAAGUUCACAAGUAUAGGCAAAGCAGUGGAUCCAGAAGAUAGUAAAAUGAGCAUAUCUACCGACGAUGCUUCUCUGAAAAGCAGACAAAAAAGGCGUAAAAAGAGAAAAGAAAGAAAAGCUUCAAAGUGGCGGCGUAUUAAGAUGGCAGAUGAAAGUGAAGAUAGUGAUGAGAAUGGAAAUGACGUUUGUCAUAGGCAUCCAUUUCUACAUGUUGCAGUUCUUGAAAAUGACAUACCUUUGGUUAAGAAGCUAAUCAAGGAAGACCCUGAUUGUGUUUAUGAGCUUGGUUACAGAAAGAGAACUGCAUUGCACCUGGCAGCAUUGGAAGACAAAGUUGAAAUUGUGAAAUUGCUUCUAGAUCAUGGUUCUGAUCGUACAGCUUUCGACUGCUAUCAUCUUCCUUCCAUUGCAUAUGCAAUGGAUGGACACCCAGACUGUCUGAGACUAUUACUGGAUCAUGCAAAUGUGAAAAGUGUUAGUAAGGCAAUGAGGAACAAUCUACAAGGCAUGAACUUGUUGCAUUUUGCUGCUGGAGAGAAAAGAGAUGGGUUGGAGUGUGUUGACAGAGCAAAAUGCAUGGAGCUGUUGUUUAGUAAAGACAAGACGUUUUGUUUAAAACUGUUAGAAGAAAGGGAUGUUAGGACGUUUACUCCUUUAGCUGCUGCUGUUUAUGCCGGGCAACACAAGGUAGGGAAUGGCCCUUUCCCUUGCAAAUUCUACAAUUUUGUAAAUAUAGAACCUGUCCAUCAAUUUCACAUUCCAAGCACAGGCUUACAGUAACAGCCCAUUUUUUAGAAGGAAUUUAAACAAAAUUCACCUCAUCGGUUGUGCUUUUAGGGACCAUUGUGCCCCUGGACACCCAGUUUUUCGUAUCUGCUAAAAGCCUAGCACCAGUGUAUUGGUCUGUGUUUGAUCUUCUCAAAGGUCACACCAUACAUCUGUUAAGUGUUAUUUGGUUCUUGUCCUCGGUACGGAGGGUUUUUCCGAAGUCGCUAUGAAGAAACUUGGCAAUGGCUUCAUUGCUGUCCCUACACUACUACAUGUAAAUUACAUGUAAUUCUUUUUAUUAUUGUAAUCUUCAGUGUAUAGAGGUCUUGCUCAGGAUGGGUGCCAGUGCUUUUGCUUAUAAGACUGAUGAUGGAGGUAACAUACUACACUUUGCUGUAGAAUGUGCAUCACAUUUUAAAGGUACCUGGGAUGCUGAGAAGGACACAUCGCAAUGUCUAAUAGAAUUGCUAGAGACUACAAAGUUUCUUGUUAAUGAUGCUGAUGAUCAUGGUAAGUCAGUGUUAAUGUAAAUCAGAAGAAACUGUUUAGUAACUAAGUUGCAUUAUGUUUAUGGUAAUAGGAUCAUACACUGUCGCUUACUGCUUCUCUUGAAUGAAAGAUGAAGAGGCAAGAAUACAUAUACAUAUAGAUGUACAAGCUUACGAUGAAGAUCAUGCCACGCUUGUUGUUUUCUAGGUUUUACUCCACUGAUGUAUGCUUGUGAGAGUGGCAAUGCUGACUGUGUCAAGGUACUGCUAGAAAAUGGAGCAUCACUGAAUUGUUCUGUGAGUAUUGUGUUGAUCCUGUCCAUCAGUUGUAUAAUUUAUUAUGUAGUCCUAGAUACUCACUUAAGAUAUUUGUCAUGAGUUACAGUUGUACAUGUCUGAUUUUAGGGAUAAUGAAUUAAGUUUUUAAUUAUUGUUUUUUGCAGUUCAGUGAUUUCUGCAUCAUUUUGGUCCACUAUAUUGUUUGUUUGGGAACUGCAUUUUUAAGCCAAGCUCUCACAUUAAAUUAGAUUUUGCUGUAGUAUCAUUCAAUACUUUUAUAAAGUUUAUUUGCACAAUGAUGCAAAAUAAUGGAUGACGAAGUUCGAGAACAACUGACUUCCUUGGCAUUAGCUUGUAUACAAUCAUGUAUGCAGGGCUUCUGAUAUUUCACACAGAAGGGCCUCUCUGACAUUUUGCUAACUUUUCUGCCAACUUCCCCUCUGUCCCUUGAUAUUGGGAGCUAACUAGAAAACCUAACAGUUUAUUUAGCUCCCUAGCUCGCACUUUUUAUCUCUCUAAUAUUAUAAAGUUAUAACCUGGCACAAAUUUUCAUUUAUAUUAAGGUAAAACUGUAAUUUUACCAUGAGCUGAAUAAAGAAUUGCUAUUACUGCUCACUCCCUCCAUGUAUGUUUUGCGCUAUUCAAGCUACAGUGGCAUAGAAAACAACAAACACCCCAACUUUGAAUGGAGGGGUGGAGUGUGGAUUGUUUUGUUCUCUGAAGUUAACCUCAUUAGAGGACAAUGCCUCUUCAAUUUUGUCACUGAUUGCAGCUUGAUUCUCUGUUUCCAUGGUCUCCUAGCCCUAAUUCAUGAAUAGUUAGGGCCAGGAGACAAAGGAAUUAGAGAAUCAACCCACUAAAAAAUUUUAACCUGAAUUCAAUUUUGACCUGUAACAUAGACAAAUGUAGAUUUAUGAAGUCUGUCUCACUUAAAAUUAGGAAGAGGUGCAUUGUGUCUUUGAUUUAUUUGUCUUCUUUUGGUGCAAGUAUUGUUGGUGGCUGUCAUGUAUGUUAUAUGCAUAAUUUAUUCCAUUUCUGUCAGUCUGUCCUCAUUACAGUCUCUUUGAUUUAACCUGGUCAUGCAAAAUCACAUUGUACCUCAUAAAUGUUAAUUCAGAAAGAAACAGCUUUUUUCUUUUUAUUCCCUGAUUAGGAUAGUCACGGUACAUCAAGCCUACACCUAGCAGCCAUGUCAGGAGACACACAGUGUGUUACACUUCUGCUAAACUCUGGACACAAAGUUGAUUGUGUGGACCGCUAUGGAUGGCCACCAUUACUUUAUGCUAACUUUAAAGCUCAUGAGAGCUGUGUAUUAGCACUGAUGAAACCCAAGCCUGAGCAGGUCUUUGUGCUGGGAGAGUUGCUAAGACGAGCACGAAGCGAGUUAGAAAAGAAGAGAACUGUAAAGGUAGAAAUGAUGAGAAUUUUAAGACAACUUUGUAGACCAUUGUAUUUUGAAAUGUACAUGUUUUCUGUUAUGGUAAAACACUCAGGGAAAAUGAGAUGAAUUUCAGUAUUGCAGAGAUUUACAUAUUUGUAGAGUGGAACACAGUUUAUCAUGUUAUCCAACUCCAACAAACGCUUUUCUCGCAGCAGCCAUGGUUAGUCCCCAUGAGAAAAAGAGCUCUGCUUUACAUGCCAGGAUGGGUACAUAGACUACACACCAUGUUUUACUAUGCAAAAAUGGUAGCCAUAUCGUGAGGGUCUAUCAAAAGGGUGAAUGGCAUAAGGCCUAAUUACUGUAGGUACAGCUGUAGCUCCUGAUUUGAGAUCAAUGGGACCUCUCAAGCAAGAAUGUUCCUAACAGUUUGCCAUUUUGAAAUACAUGUAGAUAGCCAUUCAUAUGCCUUAAUUAUUGUCUCUUUAAGUUACAGGUAUAAAUAUACAGUUCUUGGCAAUUUUAGCAGAUUUGCAGGAGAAUCUACGUGUAAUAAAAUUCAUACUUUGGGCUUUAUUCCAAGUACCCCUUUAUAGUGGUUAGAGAGAGUCAAGAUCAAAAUAGCUUUCUUCUCAAUAGGGAGGAGAAGUGUGACAUCACAUUAGUUGAUUAUGUACAACUUUAAACUAAUCUUUUUCCAAGGUUGUCAAGAAUGUGUUAGUGUCUUUGGCCAACCAUGAUGCCUACUACACAGUGUUUAAUGACUUUAUUCGACAAAACCCAGAGAUGCUAGAAGAAAACAACUAUGGUCUGCUUCAGCACACAUGGAGGGCUAUCCUUGACUUUGACAACAAAAGAAGAUGGUUCCUCACAAAGCUAUCACAAAUCAGGUUGGUGGAAUUAGACUCAAGCUCUUGAGUUUAUUAUUAUUAUUAUUAUUAUUAUUAUUAUUAUUAUUAUUAUAAUUAUUUUCUAAUAACCUUUUAUUGAUGACAAAACUAACUAUUAAAACCUAUUUACAAUUAAUGUCGCUGAAGAAGAAAAAACUAUUUACAAGUCAUUUCAUUUCAUAAGCUCCUGUUCAUUUCGAUUUUAAAAAAAAUUCAUUUCAAUUGAAAAAAACUCAUUUCAAGUAAAAACAAUUCAUUUCAAUUAAAAAUGAAAUAAAAAGAUUAAAAAGAUCCUAAAAUACUAAUAGUGUUUUAUAGCGGCAAUCAUUAAUGAAAUCCCCUUGUGGAAAUUUGUGCCGGGAAGGGUGUCCUGGAACCUCUUACGCAUGUGUACCAACCUUAAAAUCUCAAAAGAAAGCAAUCUUCUAAUCCAAGUAAUAGUAAUGUAAUAAGGUUCGUCAUUCUUUUCUGAGAGCUUCUCGGCUAGGCGUUUGAGAAAGCAGUUGCAGUCGGCUCCCAUCCCACUGUUAGUUCCAAAAACUAGGGGAGUGAAAGAUUCCAUUUUGAUCAAUGUCCAGUACCCUCUGUUGGUACUUCCUAUUUGUCUCCUCCUCCUGCUCCUUAAAGAUUGUGGUUGUUGUUUUGCCCUGGUUACACUUGGACUUAACAUGCAUUACUCUGACAUCAAAAAAUGCUGUAACUCCAUGAGACCAAAAGUCCCCUGCCCCUAUUAUUUUCUAUUGUUUUAAGCUUUAAACUUACCAUUACAUUAACUGUUGCUCCACUGUUAAUAUAAUAAUUAUAUUAACCGUGGAGCAAAAAUAUAUUUAUUAUAUUUUUUUUCCUGUAAUAAUGGUAACCUUUUUCUAUCAGUUGUAUUCUUCCUUCUGUUGCCCUUUGUGAAAACCUUGCUUUUUGUCAAGGUUAAACUCAUUGCCAAUAGAUGAGCUUGGGAACUGGUGCCUUAAAGGUUGGACGGGAGCCUGAACGCCUCAGGCAUAGCAAGGAGGUAUCCAUGGCAACCCUGCGAGCGGGAACCACCCCUGCAUGCAGCCGCCAACUGACACUGUCACACUGAAGAAUUCAGUGGAAAAUACUCACCUGACCUAAUACUUACUAAUGCAUAGAAGGGGAGGGACGGGCUGGGAGCCAGAAUCUGCAACGAUUCGCUAAACAACAGAUCCGCAAAGAUCAGCUCAAAAAUGCCAGCGUGAGAUGCAACAUAAGUCACAAGAUAAGCAGAAGGCCCCUGCGGACACCCCUCUGUUCACGUACCCUUGAGGAGGAGACCGCUGACCGCAUUGGCUUGCAAUUUAACUUUGCCUAAAUUACAUUUAGCCACAUUAAUAAUUAUUAUUCUGGGUACCACAAAGCUCUUAGAAUGAAUCAAUGCUGCAAACAAUGUUUCUAGAACCAAAGCAUGCCUUAAGGUGCAUAACAGUGGUGGCAUUUAGAUUUGACUUUCAAAGUGAAACUGAGUACAGAACAGGAAUGUCAGUCCUUCAGUGAUAGUGACCAUUAGUUUGUUGGUCCAUUUCAGAGGAAGUUUAUACAGCUGGUCAUGUGAAAGCUUGUCUCUGGAAAUUGACAGAGAUAAUGUACUAGGAAGUGCUAUGAAUCAGAUGGGAAGAAUACUGGGACAUGCACUAAGGAGCAGAUCAUUGCAUGUCACUUUCAAGAAUGAGCCAGGUACAUGCAUGUUUCUUUUGUAACAUAAUAUGCAGCCGGUAAGGAUGUUUGAUGGAACCCCAACAGCAUCAACAUACUUGAUGAAGCAACUUACAGUAAUGUAAAUUUGGCUUUAUUAUUGAUGGGCUUUUUGUAUAAUGCCCACAAGGCCCUGGUUGUUCAAAAGUCGGAUAGCGCUAUCCACCAGAUAAAUCAAUAUCCAGUUGACAAGUAUUAGGAAAACGAUUGCGUUAUUCGCUGGAUAGUGAUUUAUCCAGUGGAUAGCAUUAUGGACCUUUUGAACAACUGCAGGGCCCAGUAUUGUAAUCUAUGUAUUUAUUAGUGUAAUACAGUCAAACCUGUGCAACGGUCACCCUUGGAAAAUGGCAACGUGACCGCUAUAUACAGGGUGACUGCUAUAUACAGGUCAACUCUACAGAAAAUAUAAAGGCAACUGAAAAUUUUAGGAAGUCGUCUGGUGACCGUAAUAUACAGGGUGACCGGUACAUACAGGGCUGUGAUAUACAUCUACAGGUUAGACUGUAUACACUUCUUUCAAUCGUUUAGAUAACACAAGGACUUAAUUUCACACGUCACAAUGUCAGCAUGUCACCCUCUGUCUUUUGCCAUCUGCUGACCACUCUCAGUCACCUACAUGUAGUGGAGGUAGUUAGAGCGCUGGACUUGUAGUUCAAAGAUCCCAAGUUUAAGUCCGGCUCUGUUCUCGGUAGUCCAAAGCUCAAAUCCUCGGCCACGCUUGUAAAAUAGCCAACUGGUUCACCUCGUACCAGUUGGGAUUUUUAACCAUGUUAUGUUUCAUUUAAAUUAUUUGUUUCAUUAUCCCUGUAAAGGGGUGAGAAUAAUUAAAGUAUCGUUUUUCUUAUUGUUAUUAUUACAGUAUGUAGGUAUUUGACUGUUGUAUAACAGUGAUACACAAAAUACUGCUACAAGUCUAUAAACAACAGAGGCAUGGUUGUUGUAAUGGGUAUAUUGUACAUGUAUAACAGUCCCCCUAGUAUUUGGUCUUUCCAUCUUCUCUUUGCUGUAUAAUAAUUCAUGUUUUUGUUGAAGUUGUUAUUAUUUUUAAUUGUGCAAUAAUUUUAUUUUAGGCAUCUGUACUGGUCCUAAGAGGGAAUUUUUUGCCUCUUUCUGCAAAGACGUCGUUGAUCCAAAACGGGGUCUUUUUAUUGCCACAGAUGAUGCUCAGUUCAGGUGACCUAAAGACAGUUUUCUACCCUUGGGCCCGUUUCUCGACAUGUCGGUAACUUUUCGGGCCCGGAAAGCCGCUUUAUGUUUGCCAGGUUUGCAUUCAAGACCAAAGUGGUAAAAAUUUUGAAAAUGAUAAAUUGAAACUAUCAAUUGACAACGAAAAUUAACUGGUCUGCGAGCUAGGAACAGUGCUACUACAUGUAAUCAACAGGUUUUAAAUUUAAAAUUUGCGUUUGGGCUUGAAAAGUUAUCGGGCCUUUCGAGAAACGGGCCCCAGAUUAGUUAUCUAGUUAUACUCAGUCUGUCUCAAAUAAAUAAAUAAAUAAUAAAUAAAUAAAUAAAAAGAAACUUGCAAGUUAAAAGAGCACCCUCCUGUGACCAUACUACUCAGUGCGUCAUGUAUGUGUCAUUUGAAUGGUCACACCCCAGUAAAUUGUUAGAACCACCUUGUAGAGUAUAACAGUACGAGUGGCGGGAAAGCGGUCGUCCUUUUUCUUUCCUCAGAGCCACUCACGGUGAGCGAAAAACUAAAGUCAUGCAAAUUUGAGGUUAAAAGGAGAAGAGAUUGGGGCGGAGAUAGGAAACUGGACGUCAAUGAUGUUUUUCUUUGCUCGGGCUUCCGCCCUCGUUCCUCGCGCUCUUGCCGCUCACCCCUCACGCGCGCUCUCGAUCUAUUGUGACACCAUUGUGACUCUAAAUAAAAAAUAGAGAUUUCUUGAGCGGCGGAUCAUACAAAAAUAAUAUAACCAUGCAAAAGUUCUGCGAAAGUAGGAUUUAAUUUUAAUGGUAGCACCAAAGGAUUUCGUCCAGAUUUAGAGUGGGAUAUACAUGCAGUCAUGUGAAGGUCCGGCUUGCCAUACCGCUGUUUUGUAGUGUGUACUGUACAGUCAUGUAGAAGUGAAUAACAGGGUUAACAGUGAUUUAUAUUCAGUCUCCUUUUCAUUAAACAGCCCAGUGCCAAACGCGUACUUUGCUAAACAUGUCGAUGAUACGAUGCCUCAAGAUUCUACUCAGAGCACUGGACACACAUCUGUUUCUGUGGUUAAACAAGAACUACCAUCAAAUGAACGCACAAAUGAACCAGUGAUGUCUUCUUUAGGAGGAGAGUAUCAACAUGGGUCUGCAGAGGAUGAAUCCAUGUGUUUAGAAACUCAUGAUGAGAAUACGGCAGUUAAUUCACAGACACAAGAUUAUCUGGCUAACGGACUCUCGGAUGAAGAAAUUAUAUCUUCGCUGUCGCAAACAGAAAGCCCUUCCCCUGUAACAACUAAUGGUUACCAAACAACGACUUCAGAGCACGUAGGCAUUGAUUCAGUGAAUGGCAACAUUCGCGACAGUCCACACACACUAGGGAAUGUAAGUCAAACAAUGUUGGAACAGGCUAACAUUCCAGGAGAAGAAGAAAUCGUGUCAAAUGAUGCAGGUGACAGUGCUGUUACACACAGCACAGGUGAUGAAAAUAUGGCUCAUAAUUCACAGCAACCAACAUGGAUAUCUUGUGUGGUAAGUGUAGUUUUGAAACUAACAUCUCAGGCAUUUCAUCAUGGUGGCCAACAGGUUUCCUUCUUCUUUCUCGUCAAGUGGUCAUUUGAGGAGAAAAAGAAAAUCUCCUUGAACAGGAAGAACAAAUUUGAAAAAUUGAACUCAACAUUUCGACGUCGCCAUGUUAUCAUGUACAAAAUCUACAUUAUGCGGGAAAAUCUUCCAUUGUCCCGUCUUGAAGAUCUUUAAAAUCAAACAAAAAAUAAAAAAAAAUAAUAAAUACGAUAACAUGCACACAUAAAUACACGUAUUUCAGGUAAAAAAGAAACAAACAAACAAAAAAAGAUUUAAGAAUUAAGGUGACCCAGUUCUCGGUUGUUUUUGUUGUUGUUUUCUGUUUUAUACGCCCUUCGGUCACUGUUUCUUUUUUUUUUCCUCAGGAGAAUAGUGGUGAUCAGUCUAUUAUAAACCUGUCUUUGAGGUCCAAACUCAAGCAGCUUCGCUUUAUUGGUCGCAUGGUCGGAUUUGCCGUUUGCCAGGACCUACUUGUUAAUUUGCAGUUGUCCAAACCAUUCGUCAAGCAGGUUUGAUCAUUUUAUUCUUAGUCUGGAUUGUUACACAGAAUGGUGUGGUGUAGCCCUAUUCAGCUUAGUUUAAUGAAACCGAAAUAUAUCAAAUUCAAUUAACCAAUCAGGACUCCAACGCAAGUCACAAGUCCUUUACUCUUGAUGUUGCUGGUUUUCUUUCUUUCUUUUUUUUUCCACCUUUGGCACCUGUUACAUCUGAUCUGUAAGCGCCAACUUUUCUUUCUGUUUUUUUUUCCUUUAUCUUUUUGGAAUGGGUCAGUUGUUUUGCCGAUCGAAAACUGUGGAAAACAACAACUCAACUUCAAACUUGAACAUUACUAGUGAUUAGUGCCUACGGGAACUGCCGAAACUCGGUUUUGUUAAUAAUUAUUAUCCGCCAAUUUUUAAAGGUAAUUAAACGGAGCAUGUUUUGUGCAGCGCUUUUUCGUAAGAGGCCCUAUGCCGCGAAAAUACUGCGUCGUAAAUGACUUUUUAUUAUCCAUUUUAGGUACUUGGAAUUCCACUUUCUCACCCAGACGACUUGAGUUCAUUUGACUAUGAGCUUCACAGAAAUGCAGUUGUAUGGUUACGAGAGAACAGCGUUACGGAUCUGGAUUUACCCUUCAGUAUUGAUGUAAUGAAUCCUUGGAAUUCAAAACCGGUCACAAUUGAGUUGAGCGAUGACCCCGAAAAGAAAUUACUCGAUGACAAUAAGGUAGGUGUAGUAAAAAUUAUCUGAAACACGACGGCGAGUGUUUCCUGAGGUUUUCAACGAAGUGUGCUGAAAAAAUGUACAACAGCCUAUGUCAUUUAAAACCGUUUGACGCAUUUUGCCACUGUUUAAAGUUUCUGUUACAGUUUAACCCCUAAGUGUUUGUUAAAAUGUUGUUAGAUUUUGUGGUUGUUAAUAAUUGUUACUAAAUAAAUUAUUUUAUGGCACAUUGCUAUUGGUCGGUUAGUUCAUGAUGAAAGGAAUGCUAAUGAACGUUGUCCACAAAAACAUAAAUUCCUAGUCAAACAAGUAUGCAUAACAAUUCAGUGCAAUUUGAGAAAUUAAUAUGCGCUUACUGUAAGAAGUGUGUGGACAACUUUUCAACUUUGUGCGGAGUAUGCGUUUUAUAUGACGAUCUAAGAAAUUAAUAUGCGCUUACUGUAAGAAGUGUAUGGACAGCUUUUCAACUUUGUGCGGAGCGUUUCAUAUGACGACUUGUCGGCCAUAAUUUAUGUUCUGCAAAUGGGACGAAAUGAGUUAAAGUACGGCUGUCAAAACCAUGCUUUUUUUCCUCGAAUAUAUCUUUCAAUUCUUCAUAAAUAUAGCUCUACCGGCUUCAAACAUCGUCGACCGGCAAAAUUUCAUGGGCAAAAGUGUUAAAGAUGAUUAAUUUAACGAGGGUGUUCAAUAUUAGUCGUUGCGUUAUAGAUAACGCGUAUACCUUCCACGUCGGUAGGCCCACGUUCGACUCUCGCCGAUAGAAACUUUUUUUUCCCUUUUUUUUUGGGUCCUUUUGUUUUUGUUUUCUGUUAUUUUCGCAAACAUAUUUUCAUUUUUUUUGACAGACUUAAAAUAUACCGGUAGACUUAUUGUAGGUUCAUUAUUAGAUUUGAUUUCUAAAAUACACUAAUUAAUAACCCACAAGUUAGCCUUAGGCACCCUUUGAUAUAAUAAAACUUUCGUCCUGUGUUUAGGAACAGUACAGUAAACUUGUGUCUCAGUUAAAGUUGGAGACUUUGAUAAAGGAUGAAGUAGCUGAGUUUUCUGGAGGACUCAACGAGGUUUGUUGUAAAAUUACUGUCACAUUACUACUGAAAUAACAUGGUAUAACUGAACUCAGAUUGAAGCAUAUUACCUUUGGUGAUCAUCUCAUUAAUUCUCAAAACCUUUUCUUUUGAUAAUUAAUUGGCCUUGUUAGGAAAAAAUUGAAGUUUAACAUUCUUGGACUAAGACCCUGUAUACAUGGAGUGGGGGACCCCGGUCUAGUGGGGUAGUUUUCUUUUGUUUUGAGUCCCUCAGAGCGUUAAAACAAAAGAAACCAACCCCACUAGACCGGGGUUCCCCCCUCCAUGUAAACAGGCCCUUAAUAGGGUUAAGGCUGUUGUUGUUUUUUUCGUUUCAAUAUUCACAGUGCGGCGUUUGUUUUUUAGAUGUUCGAUUGAUUGUUUCUAGGUUAUUCCUCGUGCAUUCCUAUCGUUGUUUACUGCUGACGAGUUUUCUCUGCUGAUUGGCGGCGUAACAAAGAUUGACGUUGAAGACUGGAAGAAAAACACCAAGGUACGGAAACUUAUCUCGAGUGUCGCCAAGUCCCCUUGAAAUUUUAUGAUUUUUAUAUUCACCAUUUUCACAUAGUCCAUAAUGCACCUUGUUUAACCAUUGUCUUGGAUUUCUCUUGGGACGACUGUAGUACCGUGAAAUCGAAAAGAAGAGAAGAAAGAAAAGAGAAGAAGAGAAAAUGGAAACAAUGGUUAUGCAAAAUUCUUGGGGGUAAACAAGGUGCAUUAUGGUCUAUGUGAAAGUGGUGAAUUGAUGUUGAUUUAAGCAAUAGACCACACUUUCUAUGGGUUUACCGGCGUGAUAACCCACUUGGGAUGUUGGGAGAACACGAGAAAAGGUUGUAAAUCACGAGCCGAAGGCGACUUAUUUACAAGCUUUUCGAGUGUUCUCCCAACAUCCCAAGUGGCUUAUCACGCCGGUAAACCCAUAGAAAGUGUGGUUUAUUGCUUUGAUAAAAUAACUUUAAGUUUUCAAUGAGUUUACUGGCACAAUAAACUAUAGGUGUUUAACCAAUCAGACCGCGCGAACUGUCGUUGUUAUUUUAUAAAUUAUAAUGUCCACAUGGCUUAGUUUCAAUUAUUUGAGGCUUUGAGGCAGUAGGCGGCUAGACCAGCCAAAGCCUAGUCUGAUCCAAAUAGUUAGCUAUUACCAUCAAAAUGUUUCAGUCACAAAUCAUUCGUAUAUGUUUAACAGCAUGUUCUUUUUUAUUUAUUAUUUUUAAUUGAAAUUGUUUUUAUGAUUGUUGUUACUAUCAUUUUGUUUUCUUUUUUCCAGUACACUGGAUGUACACAGGAAGACAAUGAAAUUGUAUGGUUUUGGAAAGUAGUUUCGCAGUUAAAGGAGGAAGAGAAAGCUUUGCUGAUGAAAUUCUCUACUGGGACCCCCUGCGUUCCUAUUGGUGGAUUUGCUGCUCUUACGGUAAAUACGUAA